GGAUAUAAACAGACUGACCCAGGUCUCGUAUCAGUCUGUUUCUGUUUUGGACUCUAACCCUGAUCCAGGACCUUUUCUCAGUGUUUGACUCUGAUCCAGAACCUGGUGUUGUUUUGAACACUACUCCAGGGCCGGGUUUUCGGACCCUGAGCCAGGACCUGAUGCUGGGACCCUGAUCCAGGACCAGGUCUCAGGAUGCCCUGGCUUCUGUCCCCUCAGGACCUCGUCUCUCCGUCUGAGCGGCAGUGCGAGCGGAGCGCGUUCUCGUUCUACCGCGCGGUGAGGGAGCGGCAGCCGGUGUGGCGGCUGGAGGACACGCGCAGUAUGGACGUGUUCAGCUGGGAAGACGGACGCCCACGCGCCUUCCUGCCGUCGGAGGCGCUGUUGUACGCACUCGUGCACGACCACCGGGACUACGCACGUUACCUGCUUAAAAGGUUCACGGUGAGCGCGCUCAGAGCACCGCGAUGCAGUUUCUGCUGCCGCCGCAGCGGCACACCGCACCUGAGCGUGGCGGUGCGGUACGACCGCGUGUCGAUCCUCAGCGCGAUGGUGGAGACGCUAAAGCGUUGCGGCACGCAGGCGGAGCGGCGGGAGCUUCUGGACGGAUGCAGCAGCUGCGUGCACGUCACGGACGCGGGAAAGAGCGCAGUGCAGCUCGCGGUGGAGCUGUCGCGCGCGGACUGUCUGCUGCUGCUGCUCGUCCACGGCGCGCGGCCUCACGGACUCGAUGUCGCGCUGCAGGUGCUCGUGUCCUGUGACGCGCAGCGAAGCGACGCGAAGCGACGCGACGCGCAGCGCUGCCUCGAGCUGCUGCUGCUGUUCCUGCCCAACGCGACGCCGCCGCGCUGCCUGCAGGAGGAGCCGCAGCGAUGGCAAAGCCUGCUGGGAAAUGAAGUGUUCGGAUGGCUGCGCGGGGUGGCUCCGCCCCCCCUCCUGCUGCAGGCUCUGCGUUGCUUGGCCCGGUUCGGCCCGGAUCAGAUCAGCACGCUGCCCCCCCUCCUCCAGCCCCACAGCUGGCGGUGACGUCGUCUGUCACCAUGGAGAUUGUGCACACCUCAGGACUGCUGUGAUUGGAUAGCUUGUUGAUGACGAAAAUACUGAUUCAUAAAAUGUCGUAUAUCCAGGUAAACAUCACUUCCAUGUUGGUAGAAUGCGUGGAGCCAACUAGUUGAUGUGUCUGUAACUACAGGUCCUGAAUCAGAUUGGAAGAGAUUAUUGAUCUUUGAGAGAUGAUUAUUAAUGAUAAAUGAUCAAAUGUAAUCACAGUUAUCUGUCUCAUAUUCCCAGUUUGUCUCACAGAUGUUAACAAGGAUCAACUUCCUGUUCUUAACUCAACAAGAGUCAAACAGAAACUUAGUGAUCAGUGAAUGAAGCUCAGUCCCAUGUGAGGAUCCUCUCCCAGGACACACACAGGUGCUAAUGGAACUGAACACAACAACACAACAACAGGAUUCACUACAUGAGAAGAACCAGUUUGUAACUUCAUGUUUAAAGUGUUGAUACAUCAUGUCUGAUGGAGAUGAAGCAGCAGAUGAACUGAGGAGUUCCUGAUGGUAGAAGAUGUGAGGAGACAUGUUGUGUAUCAAGAAGUCAUGUUGUGAUCAGUCCACCACAAUCAGAUGCCACCGUGAUCCUUGAUAAAUGUGGAUUGGUUAUCGAUCGCUCUCUGGAACAUAAACCACUCAAACCGAACUUGGCAGAAGCUGAACUGAGUCGGCCAUGACAGAUGACACUCUUGUUUUAACCCCAGGUUUCAGCCUGGUUAUUUUUUCCCGACCGGACACUGAUUGGUUGUUGUCAUUAUGAUGUCACCAGUAAGAAGUCUCCAAUCAAUGUGCACGUGUGAGCACUGCGCUCGUCAAACCUGGAGUUACGAGGUUAUAACCUGAGGCUAGAUUUAAUUUGAUCCCCAAGGUUUCUCAGUUCAGUUUUAUUGAUGAACUGUUUGUGAUCAAUAAUAAUCAGUUUCGACCUCAGAGAAACGUGUAACUUAUUGAUCAUAGUGAUCACGACGGGUACCAUGUGAUCUGUUUCUCUUCUCUGUGAAUCGUUAACACCUGGGUGUACCUGCAGGCCUCAUGACAUCACAUCCAGUUUUGAGCCAAUCAGUGAUCGGUUUGAAAAGGACACCGCAAAAUAAACAUUUGUUACAAGUUACGUCUGUGGCUGUGGGAGGAGCUACCACAGGAAAUGAUCCCCCACACAGAAAACAAAGAAGCUGCCUUGUCUGUGACCGCACUGUUGUAAUGACCUUCGACAUAAACACACAAAAAGUUAGAAAAACUGAUGACUUCUGUCAAAUAUGAUUCAGGGGAGCUUAGUAACCGUCUUCUUCUUCUACUGUUUGUGUUUCAUUGUAAAAUCAUUGACGUUAUUUAUUAAAAAUACAUUUG